UCUAGUCCCGGCUGAAGGGGGCAGUGGGUCAGAGCGGGGCCGGCCCGACUAGCGAGGAGAACCCCUCCCCCCCUUUGGGAGGUGGUUGCGCCCCCGUUCGCUCAAGGUGCAUUGGCGCCGGGAUGUACCAUUGCCAUGAGAGAGACCAGCAUUGGCCGAGAGGUCAGCACUGCAAAGGAGCCAGGAACCAAUACAAUGACUACUUUAGAUGAUAAACUGCUUGGUGAGAAGCUCCAGUACUACUACAGCAGCAGUGAAGAUGAAGACAGUGAGAAAGAAGAUAAAGCCGGAGAGAGCACCAUUCCUGAGGCGGUUGAUGGGGAGGUGGAGCUGAGUAGCGAUGGCACUGCAGUUAACACAGGUCCAAAGGGUGUCAUAAAUGAUUGGCGAAGAUUCAAACAACUGGAGACGGAGCAGCGAGAGGAGCAGUGUAGAGAGAUGGAACGACUUAUAAAAACGUUAUCCAUGACCUGCAGAUCUCACUUGGAUGAAGAGGAGGAUAAACAGAAGCAGAAAGAACUUCAGGAAAAAAUCAGUGGAAAGAUUACUUUACAAGAAUAUAACAUGAUUCAUGAUGGCGAAGAUGAUGAAGAGUUUUUACAGCAAUACAGGAAGCAGCGAAUGGAGGAGAUGAGGCAGCAGCUGCAUAGUGGGGAGCAGUUUAAGCAGGUUUUUGAGAUCAUCAGUGGGGAAGGGUUUUUGGACACAGUUGAUAAAGAACACAAGAACACAUUGAUCAUGAUCCACAUCUAUGAAGAUGACAUCCCUGGCGCUGAAUCUGUGAAUGGCUGCAUGAUCUGUCUUGCUGCUGAGUACCCAACAGUCAAAUUUUGUCGAGUUAAGAGUUCCCUGAUUGGUGCCAGCACUCGCUUUACUAAUAACGCUCUACCUGCUUUGCUCAUCUACAAGGGAGGAGAGUUAAUUGGCAACUUUGUCCGAAUCACCGACCAGCUUGGAGAAGAUUUUUUUGCCGUGGACCUGGAGGCUUUUUUACAGGAGUGUGGUCUGCUCCCAGAGAAGGAUCUGCUGAUGAUGACUUCCAUAUGUAACCCAUCUGCAUGUUAUAGUGAAGACAGUGAUUUGGAGAUAGACUGAAAAAGUGAACAAAGGGUUCAGUAAGAUGGGGUUGCCCUGUGGGGUCCUUUGUUGCUGUAGAUUGUUCAUUUGUUCUUUUCUGUAUUUUUUGUAUAUUUUUCCCCUCCCUCCCAUGCACUUUGGCUUUUAGCCCAUUAGUACUUUAAGAGUCUUUAUUCUACGUAAUGUAAAGAAUUCUUAACAUUUUGUUAAAUUACUUCAAUAAAAUGUAAACUAAAAACUGU